AUGGCCGAAUGGGACAUCAUUGUCACCCAGGAACCGUACAUUAACUUUCUACGUAAUACCCACGCUAACACCCAUUGGCACGUUCUCUACCCCACCCAGCACUUCACGCAUCCCCAACAGCAUACCAGGGCGAUCACACUCAUCAACGCAAGACUUGACACAAACUCCUGGAAACAACUUGCAUUCCCCUCCUCCGACAUAGUAGUACUUCAGCUCUCUGGUCCUUAUGGCCGCUGCACACUCUUUAAUAUCUAUAACGAUGGCACGCAUCAGAACACACUGACCACCCUUGAUUCCUAUCUAGAAGCUAACAUAGAGUCGCUCCAAGCCGCCGAAGAGGACCAUAUGAUGGUUAGGGGACUUUAA